AUGGCCGGAAUUCAAUUAAAUAAAUGUUUAGCAUUUUUUAUAAGUCCGGCUUUAAUAAAUAUUUUUGUUGAUCAAAUUAAAAAUAAAAAAGAAUGGAAUUAUAUUUUUGUAUUAUUUUUUAUUUUAAGUUUUUUGGCAAAUAUAUUAUUUUGUAUUGUGGCUACAGAUAAACCACAGAAAUUCACAGAAACAAUAGAAAAUUGAAUUUGAAUAAAUAAUUGGAUUUAAUUAAAGAUUAAUUUUUUGUAUAUUUAGUUAAUAAUCUCAUAUAAAUAUUUUUUUCUUAAUUAAAGAGACAUUGAAAUUUUUGAUUAAAAAAUAAAAAAUUAAAUUUUUAAUAUUCCUUUAACAACCGCCAUUUUUGUUUUUUUUCUUUCUCGGAAUUUGCCAGCUUUUGAGGCUAUUGCCAGCUAACGUCUACUUCUACAUAUUUCUCUAUAAUUCUUUCUUUUCUCUUUUUUUGGCAUUUUUCUCUAUUUUAUUCAU